CACUGGUUGCUUCUUCACACACACAACUGACUGCGCAUGUCGUGGCUACAUGCCAUCUAUACACGAGUACUCUCAGGGGCACCUGUCUCUAACAGUCCAUUAAGAAGUAAAUCCUUGGGUUUAGAGACGCAAUUAGGGGUGGGAUGUGAGGCACUGCACUACUCGAGCGUAUAGAGAGCAUAAAUCCAGCAUUGGUAUGCACUCGCACGUCAGGACCCUAUGUAGAUAUGAACCUGAUGGGGACGUGAUGCCUACCGUGACGCUCCAUUGCUCCACCAAACCUCGGCUUUAGCAACGUCAUAGCUCCGUCUUCUCAAAACAUCUUCCAUGAGCUCCACCAGCUGCCAACUCACACAACAGUCGCAUAGCGCCUGCAUCAUUCACAAUGGCUUCCAGACUGCUUCCCGCGUCGCCACGAUUAGCGCAGUCAUGUCUGCGUCGCACGCGACAUCUAGCACCGACCGUAUCUCGACUCCCACAGCGCCGCUACAUCUCCGCAUACGGCUACGAACAAGCCAAAGCCCUCACUUUCUCAGACUAUGGCGAGCCUCCAGCAGUGCUCUCUCUUCACGGUCAUUCCAUCUCGCCACCACAUAGCAACUACAUGACGCUGCGCUUCCUCGCUUCGCCCAUCAAUCCCGCCGACAUCAACCAGAUCCAAGGUGUAUACCCUUCCAAGCCAACCUUCACAACAAACUUGGGCACCCCCAACCCAAUUGCUGUCGCUGGAAACGAAGGUGUGGCAGAAAUCAUAGCACUUGGCGAGGGUGUCAAGAAAGAAGGCUUCAAAAAGGGCGACUGGGUCUUUAUGAAAGGUCCUGGCUUCGGUACAUGGCGAACACAUGCAAGCGCCACGACCAACGAUGUCGUCAAACUCGAUGACCAGAUGCGUGAAGGAAUUACCGCUAUUCAGGCCGGCACCGUAUCCAUAAACCCAUGCACAGCAUACCGCAUGCUGCGCGACUUCACAACCCUCUCCGAAGGCGACUGGUUCAUACAGAAUGGUGCAAAUUCGGGUGUCGGCCGCGCAGCUAUCCAGCUAGGCAAGAAAUGGGGUCACAAGAGCAUCAAUGUGAUUCGUAGCCGGGAAGACAAGAGCAAAGAAGAAGCCAUGAAGAAAGAACUGCAAGAUCUAGGUGCAGACGUCGUAAUCACAGAUGCAGAAUUGCAGUCUCAGGGCAUAAAAGACCAGGCCAAGGAAUGGACCAACGGCGGCCGCGCGCCUAUACGCCUGGCUCUCAACUGCGUGAACGGCAAGGCAGCCACCGCCAUGGCUAAGCUGCUUUCCUCGUCCUCACACUUCGUUACCUAUGGCGCCAUGUCUAAGCAACCCUUGACCAUUCCUGCUUCCAUGCUCAUCUUCAAGGACAUCCAUUUCCACGGCUUUUGGGUGAGCAGAUGGGCAGAGAAACAUCCAGAGGAGAAACAGAAGACUGUUGCUGACGUGCUGGAUAUGACAAGAAAGGGCGAGUUCAAGGAUACGCCUGUUGAUGAGAUCAAGUGGGAAUGGGAUACCAAGGGCGAAGAAUUGAUAGGAAAGGUGAAGGAUACACUGGAGGGGUACAGGGAUGGCAAGGGCAUUUUUGUGUUCGGUAAGACGUAA